CCGGGCCCUGUCUCAUGUCCAUGGGGAGGUCCUGGCGCUGGGACCCGCCUGGGUCCUGCCUCGUGUCCCCAUAUCCCAGCACCACAGUCCCCCAGGUUGGUGCCCCCCAGCUCUGCCCGACCUCAGGGGCAGUGCGUUCCCCCUGCAGCGUGCCCACCUUCACCGUGGUCCCUGAAGCACAGAGUUCCCCCUCCCCGCUGAUGGUGGUGGAUGAGGAGGAUGAGCCCACCGAGGGAGUGCCCAUUGAGCAGUACCGGGCCUGGCUGGAUGAGGACAGCAACCUGGACCCCUCCCCCUUGCCGGACCUGGACUCUGAGAGUUGCUUCCCCGCCCGCGAGGAUGAGGAGGAGGAAGAGGAGCGUUGGCUCGACGCCCUGGAGAAGGGCGAGCUGGAUGACAACGGAGAGCUCAAGAAGGAGGUGGACGAAUCCCUGCUGACGGCGCGGCAGAGAGCCCUCCUGCACAAGCAGCAGAGCCAGCCGCUGCUGGAGCUGCCCAUGGGCUACAAGGCCAAGGAGCUGACGGAGGAGAUGCUGGUGAAGCGCGAGGAGCGGGCGCGCAAACGGCGCCUGCAGGCGGCCAAGAAGGCGGAGGAGAACAAGAACCAAACCAUCGAGCGGCUCACCAAGACCCACAAAGCCAAAGUGAAGGCGCUGCGGGAGCGCCGCGCCCGGCCGGCCGCCUGCCCCGUGGUGCAGUACCGCAACGCCGCCGAUCUCAUCACCGUCUCCUUCCCCGCGGGCGCCGC